GGCCCCGCCCUCUCCGCCACCAACCGUCAGAGCACUCGAACGGGAAAAAGAGACAGCCCCGUUUAUGGCUCCACCCCAGCAAAUAAGCACCAAGGAUUCGAGCGGUAGCAACCGGACCCUGUAUCUGACCCCGACUCCAGCUCCAUCGCCAGAUUCCCCCUUCCCCCAGCACUGAGCCCGGCCCCAUCUCUGAUCCUGGCCGCACCCUCGGGCCGCACCUCCAUCCACCUCAGGUUUAUCUCUCUGGCUUCGCCCGGUCAAAGUGCAGAAGCUUGUGGCUCGCUGCUUCGUCAGGUCGGCUGGUUUCGGGCACCUACGCGUGGUUGUCCUUCCCCGGGCUGAACAAUGCACCAUUCAAAGAAGCUGAUAAACUCUGUGGAGCAUUGUGUGGAUGAUGCUUUGCAGGGGCUUGUGGCCUGGAAUGUGGGAAUGCAGCUUGUGCAGGGACAUCGUAUAGUGAUCAGAUCGGACCUGAAGAACCUCAAAGGCAAAGUUGCCUUGCUCUCUGGAGGAGGUUCUGGGCAUGAACCAGCUCAUGCAGGCUAUGUUGGAGCAGGAAUGUUGACUGCUGCGAUUGCAGGGGAUGUCUUCACUUCUCCCCCAACUGGAAGUAUUGCAGCAGCGAUCCGAACUGUAGUCAGAGCAGGAGCAGCUGGUGUACUGCUGAUUGUCAAGAACUACACUGGGGAUCGGUUAAAUUUUGGCUUGGCACUAGAGGAGGCAAAAAUGGAGGGAAUUCCUGUGGAGAUGAUUAUUAUAGCUGACGAUUGUGCCUUUACUAAGCAGAAGAAAGCUGGGAGAAGGGGCCUAUGUGGCACUGUUCUCAUACAUAAAAUAGCUGGAGCCAUGUCUCAAAUGGGAAAGUCAUUGAAUGAAAUUGUAGCGAAACUGAAUGCCACUUUAAGUAAAUUAGGUACAAUGGGAAUCUGCUUGUCACCUUGUAGCGUCCCUGGAUCUGUGCCAACCUUCCACUUGGAACCAGAUGAAAUGGAACUUGGACUGGGUAUCCAUGGAGAAGCUGGCAUUGAGCGGAUAAAGAUGGUAUCAACUGAUGAAGUUGUACAAAAGAUAAUUGAUCACAUGCUGGAUCCCACCAAUGAGUCUCAUCUCAGUUUGCAAGCAGGAGAUCAUAUUGUGCUGAUUGUGAACAACCUUGGUGGGUUAUCCUGCUUGGAAUUGAAUAUUGUGGCCAAUUCUUCAAUUCAGUAUCUGGAGAGUAAGGAGUUCAUUAUUGAAAGGGCUUAUGUUGGAUCCUUUAUGACAGCCUUACAAAUGGGAGGAACUUCUCUGACUCUGAUGCAUGCUGAUCCGGAACAACUGCAAUUCCUGGAUGCAUACACUUCAGCUCCUGGAUGGCCUAAUGUAUCAAAAAGAAGUUUGGCAAAAAGAUCCAGGACUGUAAAUAUCCCUAAUUUGGAAUAUGAGGAUACAGAUAAAACUCCUGGGUCAGGUCCUUUUGUGGAUAAGGUGCGUUCAGUCCUGGAUAUGGUUUCCACCACUUUGCUUCAAAUGGAAGAGGAACUGAAUGAACUGGAUCGAGAAGCAGGAGAUGGUGACUGUGGCAGUACACACACAAGAGCAGCUCAUGCCAUUAAGGAGUUCCUGACAUCAGAUGCAGUUCCUGGCAACGGUUAUAAGCUCCUUUUGCGUCUAGGUAAAGUGAUUCGAGACCAAAUGGGUGGGACUUCAGGAGCGCUGUACAGUAUUUCCUUGAUUGCAGCAGCACCAAAUCUAAAAACCAACAACAAUCCCUCCGCCUGGUCAGCAGCUUUGAAUUCUGGGAUUGGAGCAAUAAAGAGGUAUGGAGGUGCAGAACCAGGAGACAGAAGCAUGCUUGACCCGCUCUGUGCUGCUGCAGAAGAACUUCGCAAUAUGACAGAUGAAAGUGGCAAUGAAAUGCAAGUCUUGGCUGAGGCAGUGCAGAAAGCUGAAGCAGCUGCAGAAUCCACCAAAAGUAUGAAGGCAAAUGUUGGUCGGGCAAGCUACAUCUCUUCAGCCCAACUUACCCGACCUGAUCCUGGUGCUGUGGCCUCUGCAGCCAUUUUGAAAGCCAUCUUAACUGCUCUUAAACAGCCCACUCAAAACAUUCAAGAAUGAAGAGUUUUUUUAGAGUUGUGAAGUCCGUAUUUGUAAAUACAAGCUUUUUGCUUGAGAUUUCUAAUUUGCCUCAUUAUGAUUAAAUGUAUUAUAAUACAUGGAAGAAGCUUGAAAUAGCCCACUUUGUACAAUUAAUUAAAUUGGUGUAUUUCUUUA